AUGGGCAACUGCUGUGAGACCCCCGCCGCCGUUCCCCCCGUCCGCCCCACCGCCCAACCGCCACCCCAACUGCCCGUGGCCCAACAGCCCGCGGCCCAACAGCCCGCGACCCAACAGCCCCCAUUGCGUGAGCCCCAUUGCGUGAGCCCCAUUCCUUCUCCCUCUGCCUGCCUUCGUUUUCCUGGGAACUCCUCAUCGCGGGGGGCUCGUCACUGCGGGGGGCUCGUCACUGCGGGGGGCUCUUCACUGCGGGGGGCUCUUCACUGCGGGGGGCUCUUCACUGCGGGGGGCUCUUCACUGCGGGGGGCUCUUCACUGCGGGGGGCUCUUCACUGCGGGGGGCUCUUCCCCGCCUCCCACGGCCAGCCACCAAGCCCACCCCCCUCUCUCCCCGAGUACAGCACAGCGGUACCUCAGGCCGCCUGCUGACGCGCCCGCGUCCCUGCGCGAGUUCACGACGGCGGAGAUGGUGGCGGCGACGAGCAACUUCGCGCGCGUGCUGGGGGAGGGCGGUUUCGGGCGCGUGUACCACGGCCACCUCUCGCACCCCGCAGGGCCGGGCGGGUGCGACGUGGAGGUGGCGGUGAAGGUGAUGGCGGCGGAGCACAUCACUGGCGGCAUGUCCAGCUUCCAGGUGGAGGUGGCGGCCAUGACGGCCAUGCAGCACCCCAAGAUCCUGCAGCUGCUGGGCUACGUGGGGGACUCGCCCUCGCCCGUGCUCGUCUACGAGUUCAUCCCCCGCGGCGACUGCACCGACAUGCUCAAACUCUCGGCGAAGGGAGAGGUGGCGUUUCCAUGGAGGGCGCGGCUGGUGGUGGCGCUGGGGUGUGCGGAGGCGCUGGCCGCCAUCCAUGACGCCAACUUCGUGCACCGCGACUUCAAGGCCUCCAACGUGCUGCUCCGCGAGGACCUGACUCCAGUGCUGGCAGACUUUGGGCUGGCAAAGUCGGUGACGGACUGGGCGACGCACGUGAGCACACGGGUGAUGGGCAGCAUGGGGUACAUGGACCCCAUCUACUUCCAGACAGGUCAACUGAGCCGCAAGUCCGACACGUAUGCCUUUGGGGUCUUCCUCCUGGAGCUCGUGUCCGGCUGCCUCGCCCUCGACGAUCGCUUCCAGGAGCUGCGAAAGCUGGUGGUGGCCAAGACCUUCCCGGACCCCGAGCUGGUGGUGGACCCGCGGAUAAAGGGCGAGUGGACCAAGAAGCAGGUCUACAUUGUCUUCACGCUCAUUCGCUUCGCCAUCUUCUUCGAUUGGGAUAACCGGCCGAGCAUGUCCGUGAUGCGGGAUAAGCUGAGGACCGUUGUUGAAUAG